AUGGCAGCUAUACUCAACAGAAUCGGUCUGGGUGGUAACAAGGCUCCCGCCUCUCCCCCUGAGAGGGAAGCUAUUCGUGCGCUGCCGGCCAACUGGUAUACGUCUCCUGAGAUGUUCGAGCUCGAACGCCGUGCCAUCUUUUCACGGAAAUGGCUUCUCAUCACCCAUUCUCUCCGUCUCAAGAAUGCAGGCGAUUUCCUCCGCUAUCAGAUCGCCGGGUUCGACAUCGUGCUCUCUCGUGAUCGACAGGGCAAUAUCACCGCCUUCCACAACGUAUGCAGGCAUCGUGCCUAUCCCGUAAUCGAGCAGGACCAGGGAACCGCCAAGAUCUUCUCAUGUAGAUAUCAUGGUUGGUCAUACGGCCUAAACGGCAAGCUUGCUAAGGCUCCUGGAUACCAAGACAUCCCUGGCUUUGACAAGCAACAGAACGGUCUGUUCAAAAUUCAUGUUCGAACCGACGUAAACGGGUUCGUUUGGAUCAACCUCGAUGCUCAGGAAGAGCCAGAAGUUCCAUGGGAGUCAGAUUUUGGAGGCGUCGAUGUCCAGGAUCGUUUGGAAUCUUUCGACUUCGGCAACUACGAAUUCGAUCAUACCUGGAAGAUUGACGCAGAGUACAACUGGAAGAUCGCCGCCGACAACUACAACGAAUGCUAUCAUUGCGCAACCACCCAUCCUGAUGUUCCGGCAGUAGCUAAUCUCGAAACCUACGACGUGACCCCCAAGGAUAAGCAUAUCGACCAUGAGGCGUCGGCGUCAGAAGAGCAAAAGAAAAACGGCAUGCACAUUGUCAGCACUUACUACUGGCCUUAUGCCUCCAUGACCGUCUCACCACACUUCUUCUUCAUGCAAAAGUUCAUGCCCUCCAGCACAACUACCACCAACAUCUACUACGAGGUCUUCCGUAACCGCCACUCCUCAGAGGAAGACUUCCAAGAAGUCAACCAGAUGUUCAAGCGCAUCAUGAGCGAAGACAAGGGCCUUUGCAAGCUUGCACAAAAGAACCUCAACGCUGGUGUUUUUGUCAACGGAGAGCUCCACCCGCAUAUGGAGAAGGGCCCGCUCUACUUCCAAAAGAUGUGCAGGGAGGAAGUCGUCAACUGGCAUAAACGUGAGCAGGUUGCGAAACGGGAGAUUUGGCCUGCACGCCAGAAGUUACCCGAUAGCGCUAGUGAAGCGAAUGAGGACGUUGACUUCUGUAAUGGCCUUUCUUGUUCCGAGAAUAAUGAGGUUUUGGCUUGGUAG